AGACCUCUGCAUUGAUGGCCAGGGAUGCAGAGCAGAAGUUGGUGACCUCUGGGCAGGUUAUCAUUCCUGGUGGUUGAGAUGAAGCCUCAAGCAAUAAAGAUCCCGUUUUUUCAGAAAAACAGGAAGGGGGGCAAGGCUCUGUCAGGAAGCACCCCUCAGCGGUGUGCGGCACUCUGUUUAGGAAGUACUUUCAGCUCCACUUCUGGUUGCUUUAAGUAUGAGGGUGCUGGACUGUGGCCAUGGGGACAUGGGCAGGCAGAAGGCUAUGUGACUGAAGACAAGGAUUCUUCUCUGUCCCUUGGACCUGCUUCCUGAGAGGCUGGGCUUGGUGCUCUAAGCGCCCCUUGAGUCGAGUCUUCCAGAAUUCAAAGUGUCUUUUCUUUAACUAAUGGCGUCUUCAGUCCUGAAUCCGGGGAGUAGACCACUGGUGCCGCUUCCGUGACCUCGGGCAGCCCAGGUGGUUUCCCGGAGCACGGCCUCCUGGCCACUGCGGCAGGCAGUGGCGCUCGGGGUCCCGCCGAGUCUUCCCUCCGGGUAGAAGCAAACAGGCUGGGCCCAGGAGCCCCGAGAGCCUUGGCGGGAUGCAAAAACACAACAGAGGGCGCAGAACCCACCAGCGCCGGGCCUUGAAUAUCAAUGUAUGGACCCGCUCCAGACCGCCAAGUUGGUUAAAAAUGUCUCUGGCAGGGUGUCACGGGCAGACUUCAGGGGUCUCGGAUUGCUUUCCAUUUGGAAUCCCCGCAUCACACAAACCGUGUUUACUUGGAAGGGGAGGGGGCGGGGACCAAACCCACCGCUCGGCGCACACGCCUUGAUCUCACAUUCCAGACUCGAGCUGUUGUGUGUCAGCGCGACAUGGGGCGGGGGGAGGGUUCUCUUCGGAUGUUUCAUUCGCCAUCUGCACGUCACUCCCAAACUUUUCCUCCCUGCGUUCGGGGAAUCAGGUUGACGCGCCCUGGAUGCGGGGCUCGAGGUGCAGGCUGGGCGCGCUCCCGCGGAGCCCGAGCCGCAGAGGCUCCCCGGCUGGACUCGGGUUUCUCAGGUAAUCUGACAUCUUAAAGAUUUUGCUCCCCCUACAGAGGAAACAUUUCAAAGGAACACGGGGGUGAAAAAGGAAAAAUCUUCACAGGUGUCUCCAUGGAUGGCAAGCCAAUCCAUCCCAAACUGAGAAGACCAUGAUAUCUGCAAAUCUCUUGGGUGUUUCCAUGUUCUCCAGGGAGAAUUCUUCCCCUUUGUUUUGUGCCAUGGGAAAAACCUGAAGGACGGCAGAAUUGCUCCCGAACUUGUGACUUUUCCAACGGUUGCAGUGGCGCUGACAGAACAUGAUAAUUGGAGAUCACUUCCUUCUGUUGUCUUUCAGAGUUGAACCAAAGAACACCCUUCCUUCUUCUCUAGUGCUUUGGCACCUGCUCAUUUUUAUAUUUGUUGCUAUUGCUUGUGUCUUCCAACUAUCUUAUGUAAUCGCAAGACCUCGUUAAAGUUUUCCAGCAGACUUGCAGCGUACCAGGACUCCUCGCUCAUGGCUCGGUGGGCCAGCCAUCCAAGGGCAUUACCAUGACGCACUGCAUUAAUUGCUGCAUACAGUUGUCACCUGACGACACGCACAAACAGCAGAUUGGCUGCCGAGGAGGCCCCCAACACAGUCGCCAGGAGUGCCCCGUGUGCAAAGGAGAAAACAAAAUAGUGUUUCGUGUGGACGGUAAGCAGAUGAACUUGCUUGCUGUUCUCGAAGUGAGGGCUGAGGGGAACGAAAGCUGGGGCGGGUUUUUGCGCUUCAAGAAGGGAAAGCGAUGCAGCCUCGUCUUUGGAUUGAUUAUAAUGACCUUGGUGAUGGCCUCUUACAUCCUUUCUGGGGCCCACCAAGAGCUUCUCAUCUCAUCGCCUUUCCAUUACGGCACCUUCCCCAGCAACCCCAGCCUGAUGGAUGGUGAAAACCCGGGUGACAUGAAAGAGCAUCACCACCAACCUUCUGUAAAUAAUAUUUCCUACGUGAAGGACUACCCAAGCAUUAAAUUAAUUAUCAACAGCAUCACAGCCAGGAUAGAGUUCACGACCAGACAGCUCCCAGACAGAGAGGAUCUGAAGAGGCAGGAAUUACACAUGUUUUCGGUAAUCCCCAAUAAAUUCCUCCCAAACAGUAAGAGCCCGUGCUGGUACGAGGAGUUCACGGGGCGGAACACCACCGACCCCUACCUGACCAACUCCUACGCGCUCUAUUCCAAGCGGUUCCGCGCCACCUUCGAUGCCCUGCGGAAGGCCUUCUGGGGCCACCUGUCCCACGCCGCCGGGAAGCACUUCCGCCUGCGCUGCCUGCCCCACUUCUACAUCAUCGGGCAGCCCAAGUGCGGCACCACCGACCUCUACGACCGCCUCCGGCUGCACCCCGAGGUGAAGUUCUCCGCCAUCAAGGAGCCACACUGGUGGACCCGGAAGCGCUUUGGAAUCGUCCGCCUAAGAGAUGGGCUACGGGACCGCUACCCUGUGGAAGACUAUCUGGACCUCUUUGACCUGGCCGCACACCAGAUCCAUCACGGACUGCAGGCCAGCUCUGCAAAGGAGCACAGCAAGAUGAACAGAAUCAUUAUCGGGGAGGCCAGCGCCUCCACCAUGUGGGAUAACAAUGCCUGGACCUUCUUUUACGACAACAGCACGGAUGGCGAGCCGCCCUUUCUGACCCAGGACUUCAUCCAUGCCUUUCAGCCAGACGCAAAACUGAUUGUCAUGCUCAGGGAUCCCGUGGAGAGGUUGUACUCAGACUAUCUCUACUUCGCAAGUUCAAAUAAAUCUGCAGAUGACUUCCAUGAAAAAGUGACCGAAGCUCUGCAGCUGUUUGAAAAUUGCAUGCUGGACUACUCGCUGCGCGCCUGCGUCUACAACAACACCCUCAACAACGCCAUGCCUGUCAGGCUACAAGUCGGGCUGUAUGCUGUGUACCUUCUGGACUGGCUCACUGUUUUUAAUAAAAAACAGUUCCUCGUUCUUCGCCUGGAAGACCACGCAUCCAAUGUCAAGUACACCAUGCACAGGGUCUUCCAGUUUCUCAACCUCGGGCCCUUAAGUGAGAAACAAGAGGCCCUGAUGACAAAGAGCCCCGCAUCCAACACUCGGCGUCCCGAGGACCGGAACCUGGGGCCCAUGUGGCCGGUCACACAGAAGAUUCUGCAGGACUUCUACGGGCCUUUCAACGCCAAGCUGGCGCAGGUCCUCGCCGACGAGGCUUUCACCUGGAAGAAGACAUGAGGCCGAGUUCCUACUCUCAUCACCAGGCCUGUGGGCUCAUUAUUACCAUGAUUUUAAAGUCUCUUCUUUAUGGGGAAUCGUACUCACAGCAUGGAGAAAACCCUGAGACCUGAGUCUCCUUUCCCUCCCAAGCACAUGUCUAUUAUCAACCUUUCAGAACUUCCUUUUGAUGUCACCUAGCCCAGCAGCAGACCCGUCACAGCGCUCAUCCACCUGAAGCCACUGGAAACCCCACUUCCGGACGCAUUGCCUUCUGCUCGGAGGCUGGCCGGUGCUCCUGGGAUGUGGCCGGCGGGCUGGGUGCUGAGGGGAGAGCAUCGAGUCUGGGGCCUGGGACUCUGCGGUCCAUCGGAG